AUGGCGAACCCCCGCGUCGAGGAGCUCCCUAGCGACGAGCCCACUAAGAACCCCACCGUCGAGGAGCAGGAGGACGACGUCAGCGAGGAUGAGUCCGAGGUCGAGGAGGCCGGCGGUGAUCUCCCUGCCGGAUCUACCGGUCUCGUUCUCUCCCGUAACGAGAAGAAGGCUCGCAAGGCUAUCGAGAAGCUUCACUUGACCCGUGUGCCCGGUAUCACCCGUGUUACUCUCCGCCGACCCAAGAACAUCCUCUUCGUCAUCAACCAGCCCGAGGUCUACAAGUCGCCCAACAGCAACACCUACAUUGUCUUCGGCGACGCCAAGAUUGAGGACAUUAACGCUGCCGCUCAGCAGGCCGCCGCCGCCCAGCUCUCCCACGCCGCCGCCCAGGAAGACCACACCGGCCACAACCACGGCGAGUCCAGCAAGGGCAAGGAGGUAGCCGAGGACAAGAAGGACGAGGAAGACGAGGAGGAGGUCGACGCCGAUGGCAUCGAGGACAAGGAUAUCGAACUCGUCAUGACCCAGGCCAACGUCUCCCGAAACAAGGCUAUCAAGGCCCUCAAGGAGAACGAUAACGAUAUCGUCAACUCUAUCAUGGCUUUGAGUAUCUAG